GCAAUUAUAAGAAGAAUAAGCGAAAGUUAGUAAAUAAAACGAAUCUACGAAAUCAAUGAUAUGUGAAAUUGUAUGAUAUUCGUGCAUCAAGGGACGUUGUAGUGAAGACAAAAAACCAAAAUUUACGUCGAAAUAAACUAUCAGAGUAUUCAGCAACGAAAUGAGCUUCUGGUACGCAUUGAUUCCUGUGGGAACAGCGAUUUCGAUCUAUGGGAUACGUAAACUAUGCGAGUAUCAGUGGGGUUGGGUCCGAAAUAAAUCGUCGUUGGAAGGAAAAAUAUUCAUUGUAACUGGUGCAAACACCGGUCUCGGCUUUGAAACCACUAAAGCUUUAGUUGCUCGUGGUGCCACGGUCAUUAUGGCAUGCAGAAAUGAAGACCGGGCAAACGAAGCUGUGGUAAAAAUUCGUCAAGCAACGGCUAAUGGUCACUUGAUUGUACUUCGCUUGGACUUGUCGUCGUUCAAUUCGGUCAAAGAGUUUGCCGACAAAAUUAAGACCACGUAUCCGAAAUUCGAUUGCCUUAUAAAUAACGCUGGCAUGGCCGUGCAAGGGAAUCAAACGAAUGCAGAAAAUUACGAAUUACACUUUGCCACCAACCAUUUGGGUCACUUCCUUCUGACUGACCUGUUGAAAGAUGUGAUUGCAAAAAAUUCUGCCCGAAUCGUUGUUGUUUCAUCGUUGAUGCAUAAGCGCGGUCGCAUUGAUUUCGACAAUCUGGGUAAAUGUGCCACAACUCCUCGUUCGCGGAACGGUUACUACUGCGAUUCGAAGUUGGCAAAUUUCUACUUUGCCCGUGAACUGUACAAGAAGGGAUUCGAUGUGCACGUCUUAUGUCCCGGUCUGUGUCACACUGACUUUUUCAGAGACUUCAAUCCACGAUGGUAUCAUUACGUUUUAUUUUCGCCGAUUGUAUGGCUAAUGUUGAGAUCAUCCGAACAGGGAGCGCAAAAUAUAAUUCAUUGCGCAACGGACAAUGAAAAUACAGAAGAGAAAAAUCCGGCCACAGGCUACAUGGUGCGUAAUCUACGUCAAACGAAAUCUAAAUACCAAUUUGAUGAUCUGACGUCAGUCCGUUUGUGGGAAGAAAGUCUGAAGAUGUGUGGUUUAUAAGUUGUUGUUAUCUUUUAGGUCGUAGUUGUUGUAGUUUUAUUGCAAAUUAAAAACAGUUUCCGGUGACAGUUAA